AUCAUCAGACAUGGCGGACGUGAACUCGCCCUCCCCGAACAAACAAUUCCCGAAGGAUGGGCUCGUCAUUAUAUCUAUGAUGAAAGAGCUCGGUAUCACCAGCUACGAGCCUCGAGUAGUCAACCAGCUUCUAGAAUUCACAAUCAGGUACGUCUCUUGCGUCCUGGACGACGCCAGGGCGUUUGCCAACCACUCCAAGAAGAAGGCUAUCGACAAUGAUGAUGUGAAAUUGGCAGUGAUGAUGCAGCUGGAAAGAGUUUUCACUACUCCACCCCCCAGAGAUCUUCUACUUGAAGUCGCAAGAACAAAGAACAACAUUCCUCUACCACUUGUAAAACCACAUUGUGGAAUUAGACUGCCACCUGACCGCUACUGCUUUUCAUCCUGUAAUUAUAAGCUGAAAUCUAAUAGUUCCACCAAAAAAGCUGCGGAAACAAAGCCUCAGCCAAAGUUUGGUGUAAGUACAAGUAACCUUAGUAAUGCUGUUAACAUUAAAGUUUCAAAACCAGUGUCAUCUUCAUCAACACCAAGUAGCACUCCCACAGUAGGAAUUAAAAGACCUCCGAAUAUAACUGCUGUAGCUCGGACACAACCUAGUGUAACUCCUGGAAAACCUAUUAUAAAGCUAACAACUAGUCCAAUGAUGGUAAAUACAAAUACAGGACAGAUACUUGUAAAUCCUAGUGCUUCAGGACAAGUUAUGGCUAAGGCACGCAUAGUCGCUGGCCCUCAGGCCGGUCAACAAGUAGAAGUCAAAAUAGAGCCUCAAGAUUCGUCCCUUCUAGGCAAGAGAAAGAGAGAAGAUGGAGAGUAAAACGUCGAUAUUAAUCAUGUGAACUUGAAUUGUUUUGUGUUUUCUCAAUUUGUAACCAUUCACAUGUUGUCUUUUUCCAUUGUACUGUUGUGAUUUUCAUCACAGUGUUUACACAGCAUCUGAAAUUGUGGUGAAAUAAACAUUUUGUGAUUGACAUUUAACAAAAAAGUUUAAUUUUCGAUGUUGAUAGCCAGUGUGUGACUGUAGUCUAAAUAUUUAUUUUUGAAUGCUGAAAAUAACCCUUAUUUCCUAUUUAUUUCAUUUGUUCGUUAUUGCUUCUGGAUAGAGAUCUUUAGACUAAUUUUGCAAACUGGCUAUAUAUUAAAAACAAAUUAUUAGUAAUUAUAUUUUUAUUGUCGAGAUUUUAGGAUUAUAAUUUCAGAUUAUUAAUACUCAUAAGAAUUUAAAAUUGUAAUAUCAUCUAUAAAAUUGCCUGUAGGUGCUGUACUGUUUUGAAUUAUUCUAAAAAAAUGAAGCCACUAAUUCUUUUAGAGUAGUAAAUAAGUAUGGAAAAUUUGAUGUUCGGGAACAUAAAGAUUGUAUUGUAAACAAAUUUUCCACUUAUAUUUAAAGUCUGUUAUAUGUUUCAGUUUAAUUUAAUUAAAUGAAUAUGAAUUUCCAAUUUUACUAUAUUGAACAUUGCUAAUUUUUUAUUAAUUAUAAGUUGAUUAGAAGACUUAUUACCUUGUAACUUCAAUGGUUAUAUUUGGUCUUAAAACGAACGAUUGUUUUAUAGGUUAAUUCACUAAAGUUAUUUUAAGUAUUUAGCCAUGGUGGUAAUGUCCUUAGUACCUAUCUCUUGAAGAUAGUUGAUUAAUGAUUAAUAUUACAAAUUUGGAAUUGUAUUUCCUUUGUACUCAGGUAUAAUUUUUAAGCAGGUAAUUUUCAUUUUAUUUCUUUCAUUUUGUGGAUACAAUAUAGUUUUAUAUAUUUUA